UGAACCUUUAGCUGUUAUGUUAUUUAGCCUUUCAGAGUGAAAACACAGACUUCUCUGCUGUCGGCAUGGCAAGUCUGCUCAGCAUCAUGGUCCUGCUGGCCGUGGCCUCUUGUGGGUUCUGUGAAGAAAAGGUUUUUCUGGAGCGAGCAGGAAAGGCCUUUAACAGCAGACAGUACAGAUCUGUGCUGACUGUGAACAAUGGAGAGAAGUUUGGAGAAUGGACCUGGCCAGAGAUGUGUCCUGACAACUUUUUUGCUGUUGGAUUCAGUGUCAGGGUGGAGAGCAACCAGUACGGGGGAGAUGACACUGCUCUGAACGGGAUCCGCCUCAUCUGCUCCCAAGAUGAGAGCCGCAGCUUCUUGUACUACGUAGAGUCCCACACUGGACAUUUUGGUGAGUGGUCCCAUCCUCAGUACUGUCCCAGCGGGGUGCUGACAUCCUUCCAGAUCCGCGUGGAGCCCCAUCAGGGUAUACUGGGAGAUGACACGACAGUCAACAACAUCAAGUUCCGCUGCAGCAGCAACCCCACGCUGGAGGCACCCGGCAUGACCUGGGGUGAGUACGGCUUCUGGAGUGAGGACUGCACCAAUGGAGGAAUCUGUGGCAUAGAGACCAAGAUGGAAGAAUACCAGUGGGCUCUGGACGACUCCUCUCUGAAUGAUGUCCGGUUCUUCUGCUGUGACAAAUCUCAGCAGUGAUCAGCCAACUCCAGAUCACCUGUGACACCUUCAACACAAAGAUCAAGACUAAUAAAGAAAAAUUUUAGUCGCUA